UAGGUGGAGUUGUUGAGCAUGGAAGUGACAACCAUGUCGGAGGCUCUGCAACUUCACGCCCAACUUCUUAAACUGGGAAGACGACACAAAGACGCCUCGCGUAACCUCUCCAACCUCUUCACUUUCGCCGCUCUUUCCCCCGCCGGCGACCUCAGCUACGCUCGUCUUCUUCUCAACUCUAUUCCCACUCUCAACUCUUACUACUACAACACGCUCCUUCGUGCCUAUUCCCACAGCCCCCACCCUACCCAUCACUUCCACGCGCUCUCCCUCUUCCUCUCCAUGCUCCACCACCUUCCUCUACCCGACAACUUCACCUUCCCCUUCAUACUCAAGUGUUGCACGCGCUUGAAACUCACCCCUUAUGGAAAACAGCUUCACGCUUUCAUCGUCAAGAUGGGUUUCGGGUCAGAUCUUUAUAUCCAGAACGCUUUGAUCCAUAUGUACUCUGAGUUUGGUCAUUUGGGUGCUGCACGUGCUCUGUUUGAUAGAAUGCCUCAUAGAGACGUGGUUUCUUGGACUUCCUUGAUUGACGGGCUUGUUAAUCAUGAUCGCCCUGUUGAGGCAAUUCAGCUUUUUGAACGAAUGUUGGAAGCUGGUGUAGAGGUGAAUGAGGCUACCGUGGUGUCUGUUUUAAGAGCAUGUGCUGAUUCGGGAGCGUUGAGUAUGGGGAGGAAAGUGCAUUGGAUUGUGAAGGAGAGGGGAAUUUGUGCCAAUUCCAAUGUUAGCACCGCUCUUGUUGAUAUGUAUGCCAAGAGUGGGUGUAUAGAGAGUGCAAGGAAGGUUUUUGAUGAUGCUGUUGACAAAGAUGUUUUUGUUUGGACAGCAAUGAUUUCUGGCCUUGCUAGCCACGGGCAAUGCAAGGAAGCUAUGGACUUGUUUGUUCACAUGGAAAAAUCUGAAGUAAAACCUGAUGAGAAAACUGUGACCGCGAUUUUAUCCGCUUGUAGGAAUGCUGGCCUGCUCCAUGAUGGUUAUGUGUUUUUUAGUAAUGUACAAAAACGUUAUGGAAUAAAACCUACAAUUCAACAUUUUGGUUGCUUAGUGGACCUCCUUGCUAGAGCAGGGCGUUUGAAAGAAGCUGAAGAUUUCGUUAAUACAAUGCCCGUUGAACCCGAUGCAGUCCUUUGGAGGACACUAAUAUGGGCCUGUAAAGUUCAUAGGGAUGCUGAGAGGGCUGAGCGAUUGAUGAAGCACCUUGAGGUAAAAGAGAUGAAUGCAGAUGAUAGUGGUAGUUACAUACUCGCUAGCAAUGUUUAUGCAUCGGUGGGGAAGUGGGGUAGCAAGGCAGAGGUGAGGGGGUUGAUGAAUAAAAAGGGACUAGUAAAGCCACCGGGGUCUAGUAGAAUUGAAGUUGAUGGUGGUGUGCAUGAAUUUGUGAUGGGAGAUUACCAUCACCCUGAGGCAGAGAAAAUAUUUGUCAAAUUGGAUCACAUGGUGGAUAAACUAAGAAAAGAAGGGUAUAGUCCGAAAGUAUCAGAGGUCUUGCUCGAGAUAGAUGAUGAGGAAAAGGCUGUUCAGUUGCUUCACCAUAGUGAGAAGCUAGCUCUUGCUUAUGGACUAAUCAGGACAAAUCAAGGGUCUACAAUCCGGAUUGUGAAGAACCUGAGGUCUUGUGAGGACUGUCACGAGUUUAUGAAACUAAUCUCUAAGUUAUACCAAAGAGAUAUCAUAGUGAGAGACAGAAUACGUUUCCAUCAUUUCAUUAAUGGAGACUGCUCUUGUAAGGAUCAUUGGUAGCACGAGAAUUGGCCUUGGAUUGAAUUUGGUGGCUUAAAAAGGAAAACUUGUGGGGUAAUUCACAUGAGCAUUUAAUUUUGAUGCCUCAUUUGGCCUUUGACAGAAUGCAAUGCCAAGGAAUUUUCGAUAGUUGCAUGGUCAUGAUUGAAGAUUUUAAAACGAAGCAUAUGAAAGAAGGGCCUGUUCUGAUCAAAAUAUCAAUAAACAGGAAAUGUUGUUAUCAAUUAGUUCAUAAUAUUUUAUAGUAAGCACUCCAAAUACGAUAUACUUCAAUUCAUAAUCCAUAAUAAGUGUGCAUGUUAAGAGUAUGUUAGUCAUUUAAUACAUAGAUUGGCUCUUCUAUUCGGUUAUGCAUAACAAAACUAAUUCAGAAAAGAAUAUGAGGAACCGCAUUCAUUCUUUGGAAGUUAAUUGGUCAGGUAUUGUUCCGGUUUGCAGGUACGUGGUAAAGAUGUGUGAGUGCGAGUAUCAGUACUUAGUGUUUACAUUUAUGUAAUUUUGUGUAUAACAUUCAUUUGUUUAGUUGAAGAUAUUGAUGAUACU